AUGCGUUGGGAAUUUAAAGUCGGUCAAUUUUAUUUUUUAAUUUGUAAACGAAUACAACUUCAACCUGAAGAUGCACUUUUUUUCUUUGUUAAUAAUGUAAUUUCAAAUACAUCAAUGACUAUGGGAGCUCUUUAUCAAGAACAUGCAGAUGAAGAUAAAUUUCUAUAUGUGGCUUAUAACGAUGAAUCGGUCUAUGGUUAA